UUCAGUUUGGAACGUCCCUACAAACUGUGUCCCCUUUCAGAAGUGCCCUUCAAGGGCGCAAAAAAGCCGUUUGGAUUUCGCCUGACUAAGGAAGUAGAAUAGGAAGUGUUUAAUAAUCAUUUCCGGGCAACGUUCAUGGUCAAAUAGAAUCCAACAUGGCUGCUCACAUGUCAAGAUUAAGGGGCUGGAGCCGAGCGCAGAGGUUUGGCAUCGCAGUAUGUAGGCAGUACAGCAGCGGCAGCGCGUAUCCCAGUGUGUCCCUGUCCACACCGCUGCCCGGGAUCCCCAAACCUGUCUUCGCCUCUGUGGACGGCCAGGAGAAAUACGAGACUAAGAUCACCACCUUAGAAAACGGACUCAAAGUUGCAUCUCAGAACAAAUUUGGUCAAUUCUGUACAGUUGGAAUUCUAGUGAACUCAGGCUCACGUCAUGAAGCAAAAUAUCCCAGCGGAAUUGCACACUUUUUGGAAAAGCUUUCCUUUUCUUCCACAGCCCAGUUUGAAAGUAAAGAUGAGAUUCUUCUAACACUUGAGAAACAUGGAGGCAUAUGUGACUGCCAAACAUCCAGGGACACAACAAUGUAUGCGGUUUCAGCUGAAGUGAAGGGUCUGGAUACUGUAGUGAACCUCCUGUCAGAUGCGGUUCUCCAGCCUCGUUUAUUAGAUGAGGAGAUUGAGAUGACCAGAAUGGCUGUUCGGUUUGAGCUGGAGGAUCUGAACAUGAGACCUGACCCAGAGCCUUUACUAACAGAAAUGAUUCAUGCUGCUGCGUACAGGGGCAACACUGUGGGCCUGCCUCGCUUCUGCCCUCCUGAAAAUGUUGAGAAGAUCGACAGGAAGCUGCUUCAUAAGUACCUACAGAGCUAUUACUGUCCGCAGCGCAUGGUGCUGGCCGGGGUUGGGGUUGAACACGAGCAGCUUGUUCAGUGUGCCAGGAAGUAUCUCCUAAAUGUUAAACCAGUAUGGGGUGCGAGCACACCUGCCAACGUCGACAAGUCUGUAGCACAAUACACGGGUGGCAUUGUUAAGAUGGUGAAGGACAUGUCAGAUGUGAGUUUGGGUCCGACACCCAUCCCUGAACUAACGCACAUCAUGAUUGGGCUGGAGAGCUGCUCCUUUUUGGAGGAUGACUUCAUCCCAUUUGCGGUCCUCAAUAUGAUGAUGGGAGGUGGAGGAUCCUUCUCUGCCGGAGGGCCCGGAAAAGGCAUGUUCACCCGUCUCUACCUUAAUGUGCUCAACAGACAUCACUGGAUGUACAAUGCUACUUCGUACCACCACAGCUAUGAAGAUAGUGGUCUGCUGUGUAUCCAUGCAAGUGCAGACCCUAGACAGGUGCGAGAAAUGGUUGAGAUCAUUACAAGGGAGUUUAUUCAGAUGACUGGGACCGCAGGAGAAAUGGAGCUAGAGAGAGCCAAGACACAACUGAAAUCCAUGCUCAUGAUGAACCUGGAGUCACGACCGGUCAUCUUUGAAGAUGUAGGUCGACAAGUACUUGCGACAGGCAAGAGGAAGCUGCCGCAUGAGCUGUGUGAGCUCAUCAGUAACGUUACAGCCAGUGACAUCAAGAGAGUUACAACGAAAAUGCUGCGUAGUAAGCCUGCGGUAGCAGCGCUGGGAGAUCUGACAGAGCUGCCCUCAUACGAGGACAUUCAGGCCGCUCUCUCCAGUAAAGACGGACGUCUGCCUCGCAUAUACCGCCUGUUCCGAUAGGGGACAGACAGCUGGCCCCAUCUAGAGGCAAAAAUGAGGACCGACCUAACAAAUAUUCUUGACUGGAAUUUAAGUGCAAUGCUUAAAAGGACUGUGGUUGCAUUUCAUCUAUAAAGUGUUUAAAACAUAACUUUAAAGCGAUAGUUCACCUAAAAAUUCUGUCAUUAUUUACUCACCCUCAUGUCAUUUCAAAACUGUAGGACUUCCCACUGUGGAACAUAACAGAAAAUAUUUAGAAAAAAUAUAUUUAAUAUUUUUUUUGUCUAUACAAAGUAAGUCAGUGGACUCUAAUGGGUUUGAUUCUUCCAAAUAUCUUCUUUUCUGUUGCAUAGAACAAAGAAAGAUUUGUAAUGACAUGAGGUUGGUGCGUAAGUGACAAUUUUCAUAUCUGGAUGGAGAAUUCUUUUUAAAUUUUAAAAGCUGGGUGAUGACUGAGUUUAGUUUUACACACCAGUGCAUUAUUUUGCAUGAUUUUGUUGAACUCACCAUGCGUUUAACAUAAAUUCAUGUUCACAACUAUGUUGUUCAUAGGCUGUGCUUUUCUGUGUAAAACUGGGCAAACUCAAACGAUAUUCAGCACCAUUUUUUCCCCACAAAGCUCUAAAAAGCACUUGAUAUUAAAAAAAAAAAACCUUGAUACAACCCUUGAUAUAAUAUCUGAACAGAAUGACACAGACUGUCUUAUCUUCCGCUUAGCCUAGCAGUGAAAACAUAGUGUGUAUAUAAUGAUAAACCCCUUUUCUUUUGCUAAAUCACUGUCAACAUGUACCUCCGAUCACUUAUCAAGAAUUGUUUUUUAUCAAAUGUCAGUUUAGCCGGUUUUGUUGGAUUAUGCUACAAGAAUAUAUUUAUUCCCUUGUACUUCAUCAGUACAAGUUUACUGUUAUAUAUUUCCAUUGCCUAUUAAGAUGAUGAAAAUGGUUGAAUCUGUCAUGAGCAAAAACCUUCAUGUUCCCUUAAAAAAAUAAAUAAAAGUUUGAUCCUUUUUA